AUGGAGAGCGUAUUCGAGGGCAUCCCUAUUUUGGAAGGCCCAGACGAUUACUAUCUAUGGGCAACCACCCUUGAGGUGUGCCCAGCUGCUGAUCCUUCUGGCCUUCUGGGUGUCGAAAAGGAACCAUGCUGGAGAGAUGUGACAGUCUUGACCGGAUUAGCGAAUGACGCCAUUCGCCCGCCUGAGGAAGCAGCGGGAGAUGCUUUUCCUCCUGUAGGAGCAAGAACGCCCAGUGAUGUCCCAGACGAGGAAAUGAGGGAAAGAUGGGAAAAGUGGGCCAAGAAGGAAAGGAAGGCGAGGUGGUAUUUGACAAUGGCCGUGUCAGAGAACAUUAGAGGCGUUUGGCCCCGACCGCGAGAGGGAGAUUCCGCAAAAGCAAGCGGAACUCGCCAGCUUUAUCCUCCGCCAAACUCCAACGCCUCAACGAGAAGACAACACUUGCAGAGGUUCGAAAACAUUUUGAAUGACCUCGAAAUUCUCGGCGAGCCCAUGCUCGAAGAGGACAAGAUCCGAGCAUUCUUCAGGUCGUUGGGGAACGAUUAUGAGCGAAUUGGAACCCUGUUCGUCUCCAAACCACCCUUCGAGCAGACGUGGAUUCAUCUCACCAGUCUCAUCAAUUUCGAGACGUCAGACAUGUGGCCAACUAGGAGGGGUGGAGGCCGACGGGGAAAGAGGGGCACUGCUGCCGAUUACGAGAAGCAUGUAUGA